GAUCCUCCGAAUCUGGAUCCCUUUCUCGAUCCUCUGCAAUGCUCUCCCUCACCCUACUCUUCCACGACGCAUAGUGCUGCAAUAACAAGUCGUUGCAAUUUCACUCAACCAAACCAAACCUUACAAUUUUUCAUCACUUUACGCUCCACCCACUCAAAAUCUUAUUAUUACAAUAAUUAUUUUCUCACAUUUCAAGUUCAGAUCCUUGAUCCUUCAAUUCAAUUCUCUUUCUCAAUCAUUGGAACCUUCAAACAUCACAUUCUCUUCACUUCUGCUUCCACUGCGAUCCAAUGAUUCCCUUCCUUCGCUUCACUCUCUUCCCCAAAUCAUAGAAAACCCCAUUACAAUGAACAAUUACCCUUUUGGAUCCCAAGGCCCCAAGUCCUUCCUCGCAUACCAGAAAAGCGAUUUCGACUUGGAAUCAGGAACCGCACCAAAACGAACCCGAAAGCCUAAAAAUCCCAACUUUCACCCCUUCAGAAUGAUGAAAUCAUUUGGGAACCGUUUCCACCACUUCCUCAAGCUCCACCCUCUAAUGGGUCUCUUCCUGGCCCUAUCCUUUGUGAUCACACUUGUAACAAUUCUGUCUUUGUACCGAACCCCUUAUAGGGUUCAGAAUGUUUAUGCAAAAGCUGACAUGGGUUCUGAUGAUUACCCCUUUUCCAAGCUUCAGAACCUUGUGAUGGUUGCUGGGCAUUCCAUUUACACUAGUAGUAGUUGUGGCAAAAUUGACAAAGAGGACUCCUGGUUUUUGGAGUCAUAUCAGAAGAAUCCUGGGCAGGCUGCCACUUUUGUGACACACAUUCAUGAGGGGACUGCAGUUGCAGCAAGGGAUAACUCUGCAUUGCUUCUCUUCAGUGGUGGAGAGACACGGCGAGAUGCUGGUCCCCGUAGCGAGGCGCAGAGUUACUGGGCCGUUGCCGAUUCGAAAGGGUGGUUUGGUAAGGAAGAAAGUGUCAAAUGGAGAGCACUUACGGAGGAGCAUGCACGAGACAGCUUUGAAAAUCUUCUAUUUAGUGUCUGUCGAUUCCGGGAGCUUACUGGCACCUAUCCCCAAAAUAUAACUGUUGUAAGUUAUGAUUUCAAGGAAAAAAGAUUUGCGCAUCUACAUCGAUCAGCGAUCGGCUUUCCAGAAUCAAGGUUCUUCUAUGCUGGAACUCCUGCCACGUCAAAUGCAAAAGCAGCUGCUCAAAAGGGUGAGGAAUUGGUUAGAACUCAAUUCCAAAGAGAUCCAUAUGGAUGUCGAGGUUCACUUUAUCACAAGAAACUAAAGCGUGACCCUUUUCAUCGUUCAAUUCCUUAUCCAAAUGGAUGUCCUGAAAUUGAAGGUUUAUUCAGAUAUUGUGGACCAACUCCUUAUCCUGGGGCACUCCCAUGGGCGCAGUAAACAUGACACAGUCAAAUGAUACAAUUGUAUACUAACAAAAUAGAGAUAUUAGAAACAAAUUACGUUGACUUGACAUUGCAUGAAUUAAUUUGUUGAUAAAUGAUGUGAAGAUAAAAUUUUGUUCAGAGGAGAUAAUGAUAAAUUGUGUAGAUUAAAAUGUUGUUGCAUGUUUGUGUGAGGAGCCUUAUUAAAAUUCGGAGUUUUCAAAUUGACGGUUGAAAGA